AAAGGCUUUGAUGAGAGACAUGCCUAUAUAGGUGGCAUGUUUGGAGCUGGGAUUUAUUUUGCUGAAAAUUCUUCCAAAAGCAAUCAAUAUGUGUAUGGAAUUGGAGGUGGCACUGGAUGUCCAGUUCACAAAGAUAGAUCUUGUUAUGUUUGCCACAGGCAAUUGCUGUUUUGUCGUGUAACACUGGGCAAGUCUUUCCUGCAGUUCAGUGCUAUGAAAAUGGCUCAUUCUCCCCCAGGACAUCACUCAGUUACUGGGCGACCCAGUGUAAAUGGAUUGGCAUUGGCAGAAUAUGUCAUUUACAGAGGGGAGCAGGCUUAUCCAGAAUACUUGAUUACUUACCAGAUUAUGAAACCCGAAGCCACCACUGAAGCUUAAGACGAAUUACUUGUGGGAAACCGUCAGACUUUGGAUGUGAAGAUACCAGUGGCUGCCAUCCUGUUAAUUACAAUGAGUUGUUGAAAAACUUUCAUCUGCAGGUGGUGUGGUAGCAAAUGUGAACAAAAUAUACCGUUUGUGACUUGAUAAAGCUUUAAUAAUGUACAGUAUGUUUUUCUAAAAUUUCAGAAAUGUCCUCUUUUUCAGCACUUUAACAGAUACCAUUCCAGGCAUAAACUGGGGUUUGGCUGUACUAAAUUAUAAUCAAAAGUUAACUUGAAACAAUGAUUUUAUACAAUACUGCAUUGAAAUUUAGCAUAAAUUGUAAUGCUCUAUACAGGAAUUCGUUUUACUAAUAUUGUGUUCUUUAAAACACUGCAUUUACACUGAAAACGUUUUCAUUUGUAAAACUGUAAAUAAGACCUUUUGUACUCGCCUGGUAUUUAUUUACAUUGCUUUGUAAUAUAAGUGGUUUAGAACUGC